AUGGCCGUCGUCGCCAAGGACUUCCCGCGACUGAUGGAGACCUUCCCAUGGCUGGCCAAAUUUCCCAAUUGGAUGGCUCCUUGGAAGCGUGAUACUCGACGUUCAGCAAAACCCAAAUACGGCCGCAAUGAUUUCUUCUAUGCUUUGGCUGAAGAAGCCAAGCAAUGUCCAGAAGAGAACUACUCCAAGUACCUAUUUCGCGAAGCACCUCACCUCAAUCUUCAUCCUCUCGAAAUCUCCAAUCUCGCCGCUAACCUGCUCGGAGCUGGAGCGGACACAUCAAGUAGCACUCUACAAACAGCAGUACUGGCAAUGCGUGCCUUCCCUGAGACCCUUGAACCCGCCUGGGAAGAGCUCGACCGUGUAGUAGGCCGAUCACGAAGUCCGACGCUCGAUGACGAUCUUCCAUAUCUCCGCGCUUUCGUCAAAGAAGUCUUUCGCUGGCGUUCGGUCGCAGUGAUAGGAGGUACUGCUCAUGCACCCAGUCAAGAUGACUACUAUAACGGCUACCAUAUCGCGAAGGGUACCUGGGUGCAGGGCAACGUCUGGGCGAUACAUCACAACGAGCGCGAAUUCCCCGAUCCUGAUCGCUUCAAUCCUAGGAGAUUUCUCGAUACGGAUGACAAGAGACCGUUUCCCGGAGAGAAAGGAUACAUGACUUUUGGAUGGGGUAGAAGAAGCUGUGCUGGUCAAGCGUUGGCUGAGCAGGGUACGCAUCUCAGCAUCGCGCGAUUGGUGUGGGCAUACAAGGUGGAGCCAGAGGUGGACCCAAAGACGGGAGAGGAAGUGCCUGUUGACAUCUUCAACUUCACGAGCGGAUCGAACUGGCGACCCCAGCCAUUCAAGGUCAAGUUCACACCCAGACACGAAGAAAUCAAGCAAACGGUGAUCCGAGAGGCGCUGCAAGCACGGCAAGAUUUGGCGAAGUAUGAUCGCGAAACCAAGUACACGUUCAGCACGUUCUACGAGUAG